GGGCGAUUGAUUCCCUAUGGAAGUAUUGUUUGGACUCUCAGUUCCAAUUGGUUUUUGCCACUUCCCAUUCGUUCCCUUAAGGCUUCAAUUGCCCCUGCCUCAGAAUAGUAGUUUCCGAACGCUUCUUGUCUCCAGCGGUGUGGUCGCCGACGUUAACGGGAGUGAUUCCUGCAAAAUAGAUUGAAAAAUGAGCGGGAUCAUUCCGAUUCUGAAGAAGCCUAAAGUCGAGCAAAGCGAGGAUGUAAGCGGCGGCGGCGGAGGCAGAGGAGAAGUAGAUGACGAAGAAACCACGGUUGAGGAGCAAGAAUCCGCGUUUGUGGCGCUUAUCGAACAUCGUACUCGCGAAGUUGAACAUCUGAGGAAGCGUAUCGACUACUAUACCUCUCAGCUUGGAGAGGCAGAACAGAAUCUGGAAAAGACAAAAACACAAUUGGCUCGCCUUAGGAGAGAUUCCAGACCCCACAAGACUUCUCUGGAGAAUGGGGGAAAGAUUGUGAAGGUGGAGAGCAGCUCAACUAGCUCUGUUCGAGUUAAUGAAAGUUCUUCAAGGAAUCAAACUCGGUCUAGAACUGAACUUGUUAUCCCGGCUGCGAAUUCCAAGGUUGCCCAGUAUUUAAAAUUAGGGGGUUCUGGCACGAGGGAUUCCAUUCGUUCAAGUGCUCAAACAAGCUCUUCUACCCAGUAUGAUAUUAUUAGGAAAGUAAAUGCAGAGAAGCCGGACCAGAGUCCUUCUGAUGAUGAAGUUGUUGAAAAUCAGGAUAAAGGAAGAAAGAGGAAACUUGAGCAGAGAGACCACAAGGAAUUGAUUCCAAUGGUAUGCAGAAGCUCUUCACCGUAUACCAUUUAUUGCCAUGCCAACAAUCACAUCUGUAGUCAGCACAAGAGAAAGUUGAGAAAUCUUGCACUGUGUCCGGUGAAUGAUCAACUGUUUGUUACCAGUGCUUUGGAUGGAUUGGUCAAUUUAUGGAAGCUGCAGGGUCAUGGGUCUAGUGCCUCUCUUCUUAGUUCCACUGAGUGCAUUUCUCCAAAAAACAGGCGGUGGGCUGAAGAUAUAGCCUGGCACCCAUUGGGGAACAGCUUGGUUGCGACUUACACUGCUGAUAAAGGGGACUCUCAGAUAGCAGUCAUUCAUUUGAAUAAGACACAUGAGAAAAGCAAAGUAACGUUUCUACAAGACAAGCCUCAUAUUAAGGGUAUUGUUAAUGGAAUAAUGUUUAUGCCUUGGGGAGAUUCAUGUUUUGUCACCGGUGGCAGUGAUCAUGCUGUCAUAGUCUGGAAUGAGGAAGCUGAAAACUCGUGGAAGCCAAAGAAUUUGCACAGGGAUUUGCAUUCUUCUGCCGUUAUGGGGAUUGCUGGCAUGCAACAAAAGCAGAUCGUGCUCUCGGCUGGUGCAGACAAGAGAAUCAUUGGUUUUGAUGUCCAAGGAGGGCGAGUGGAGUUCAAGAAUCAAGUGGAUAGCAAAUGCAUGAGUGUUUUGCCUAAUCCAUGUGACUUCAAUCUCUACAUGGUUCAAACAGGGACUCCUGAGAAGCAGCUGAGACUGUUUGACGUCCGAUUGAGACAAACUGAAAUCCACACAUUCGGGUUUAAGCAAGAAAGCAGUGAUUCACAGUCAGCACUGAUCAAUCAAGGCUGGUCUUCUGAUGGUUGGUACCUGUCGUCCGGCUCGGUGGAUCCUGUGAUCCACAUCUUUGAUAUCAGGUACAACGGUCACAAGCCAUCACAAUCCAUAAGAGCUCACCAAAAACGUGUCUUCAAAGCUGAGUUUCACUACUCUCGACCUCUUCUGAUCUCCAUAUCUUCUGAUCUCCAAAUUGGGCUGCACAAGAUUUAGUCGAGGUUCUGGGUUUGCUUCAGAUGUUCUUCCCUUCCCCCCUGGUCUAAACGCUGUCUCCUGCGGCAGCCUUGUUGAGUGAACGUUUAGGAAACUGCUAACAAGUGAAAAGCUGCUUAGAGGAUGGUGUGGCAGAAGACUAGGAUGGUUUAGGAAACUGCUAACAAGUGCACUGCGAGUUGACGUGGGUCUAGGUUGGGAGUCGUAAUUUGCUGCCGGUGUUCUCACUAUUUGCCAUUUUGAUAUUUUCUGAAAAAUGAGAAAAAAUUCUACUUUUAAUAGUCAAUUGAAAAUUAUGUUUGUUUCAUAUGAAGGCUACAUCUUUUCGCCACUUGUAUUGUCUUACUGUGCUGGACUUUACUGAAAAUUAGUUCCUAGUUAUUUUUAGGGGAGUACUGGAAUUGUGGAAGGGGAUGGGAUGGCACAGAUAUAUUCGGAAAAAGAUACAGCGAAAAAGAAUGUUUCAAUCUCCGAUCUCAGGCUACCGCGCUGGUAUAUGCGCCUGUGCAAUCCUUUCCUCUUCCUUUCCUUUAAGACGGCGAGUGAUGAUUGUUCGAGCCUCUGUGGCGGCAACCUCCCAAAACUUAGGAGCUGCUUUGGGAUCAACUAAAUCUAAAGAACCCACUAAGCUAUUGGGAUAGGAUAUCAGAAGCUAAUUGCCUAUGUUACAUCUAGGUAUCCAUUCGGGUUUGGUUUUUCGGUUUUAACUAAAACUGAUCCGAUUAG